AUGGCUCAUUGUCCGACCGGCUUUCUGACUGGUUGUCUCGGAUCUAGAAAACUGCAUACGAUUGAAUUCAUCUCCAUAUGGACUCAUUACGAUAAAGACGCCAGUGGUUAUUUGGACAGGGGUGAGUUAGAUAUGUUCCUAAUUGACCUUCUAAAAGGCCAAAAAGUGGAAAUAACAGAUGAAGUGAUUCAGCAGGCAAGAGAUGCAGUUCUCAGUGAGGCUGAUCAGAAUCAUGAUGGAAAAAUUGAGUUGGGAGAAUUCGCCAAAUUACUUCCCUUGGAAGAUAAUUUCAUGAAGAGGUUCGCCUGUAGAAAAUCGUUAUCCCAGAAAGAUUUCAAUGACAUUUUCCGCCACUACGAUCCCGAUGGCAAUGGCUACAUAGAAGGCAAAGAGCUAAUGGCCUUAAUUUACGACAUCAUGAACAAAACUAAGCAGAAAGUCACCUUGACAGAGGUCCUCGACUAUAAGAACGCUGUCAUCAGUGUCUUUGACAAAAACACCGACGGGCGUUUAUCGAAGAAAGAAUUAAGUCUGCUUCUGUCAGUCGAAAAGUAA